GCUUGGCGACUUUUGGGGGGAGGGGGCGGGGAGCGAGUGGCCGCCGAGGCGGCGGCGGCGGCGGGGUUGCCCUCGGAUCUCCCCCUCCCCCCUGCUCCUCCCUCCCCGUCUCGGCUCCCGGGCGCUCCGGGUCCCCACGUCCAUGGGCAGGGAGAGGGUCCCCCGGGUUGUUGUCGGUGACGCCGGCCUCCCAAGUGGCCUCCUAGUGCCUUCCCGGGGCUCUUGGCACGACCCUCUACCCCUCACCCUCCCAGGCCCCUGCUAGAUACCCUCAGUGGGGGCGCGAGGCGGUGGGGAAAAAGUUUAAGGUUUGUUAAUCGCAGUCGCGAUUGUUGGGGAGGGGGAGGGGGUGGCUGGGAAGAAAGCGAGGUGGCCUCUCCGUGACGCUCCCGGGUCUCCCGAGUCUGGCGAGGGUGACACCAAGCUCACUUUACGCGCUCACCCGGGAGCUCAGCGGGAGGAGGGGGCGAGGGUACCCCCCCUUUUGAUCCCUCUCCCCACCCUUUCUGGGGUCCUUGUCCGCAGUGAUUUUUCUCCCCUUUUUUAUUUAAAGAGUCCUCUGUCACCACCUCCUCUGUACCACCAGUGUACAGCUCGUAACGGGUUCCGCUUUGUUUUUACGACUCCCCCCCAACCCCCCAACGAAUCACUUGUCAGAUCAAUUUUACCUUUUCUCUCCUCCCUACUUCCUACUCUCCCCUCCUCCCCUCCCAACCCCGUUCUCGGAGGUUAGACAUUUUACAAGCUAGCUAUGCUGUUUUUCGAAUUGUGACUUUUUUUUUUACCCCCUCCUCCCAUAUCUACUCUUCUAGACGUUUAUUUUUGCCCUUCCCCCGCUUAGCGGGGCGGGGGUAAGGAAAGAGAAAAAUAAUACAAUUUCAGGGGAAGUCGCCUUCAGGUCUGCUGCUUUUUUUUUUUUUUUAAAUAAUAAUCAUAAUAAUAAAAAGGACAUAGAAAACACCAGUAUUGAACUUCACUUCAAGAACCCGGGCUGCAAAGGAAAUCUCCUUUGUUUUGUUAUUUAUAUGCUGUCAAGUUUUGAAGUGGUGAGUUUCAGUUCUGGCAGGUGAUCUGUAAGACAGUGACUGAGUAUGGACCAUUUGAACGAGGCAACUCAGGGGAAAGAGCAUUCAGAAAUGUCUAACAAUGUGAGCGACCCGAAGGGUCCACCAGCCAAGCUUGCCCGCCUGGAGCAGAACGGGAGCCCACUAGGAAGAGGAAGGCUUGGGAGCACAGGUGCAAAGAUGCAGGGCGUGCCUUUAAAACACUCGGGCCAUCUGAUGAAAACCAACCUUAGGAAAGGAACCAUGCUACCAGUUUUCUGCGUGGUGGAACAUUAUGAAAACGCCAUUGAGUACGAUUGCAAGGAGGAGCAUGCGGAAUUUGUGUUGGUGAGGAAGGAUAUGCUUUUCAACCAGCUGAUAGAGAUGGCGUUGCUGUCUCUAGGCUAUUCGCACAGCUCUGCUGCCCAGGCCAAAGGGCUCAUCCAGGUUGGGAAGUGGAAUCCAGUUCCACUGUCAUAUGUGACAGACGCCCCUGAUGCUACGGUAGCAGAUAUGCUUCAAGAUGUGUACCAUGUGGUCACGCUCAAAAUUCAGUUACACAGUUGCCCCAAACUAGAAGACUUGCCUCCCGAACAAUGGUCGCACACCACAGUGAGGAACGCUCUGAAGGACUUACUGAAAGAUAUGAAUCAGAGUUCGUUGGCCAAGGAGUGCCCCCUCUCACAGAGUAUGAUCUCCUCCAUUGUGAACAGCACGUACUAUGCAAACGUCUCAGCAGCAAAAUGUCAAGAAUUUGGAAGGUGGUACAAACAUUUCAAGAAGACAAAGGAUAUGAUGGUUGAAAUGGAUAGUCUGUCUGAACUAUCCCAACAAGGUGCCAACCACGUCAAUUUUGGCCAGCAGCCUGUCCCGGGGAACACAGCUGAGCAGCCUCCAUCCCCUGCGCAGCUCUCCCACGGCAGCCAGCCCUCAGUCCGGACCCCUCUUCCGAACCUGCACCCUGGGCUUGUGUCAACCCCGAUCAGUCCUCAGCUGGUCAACCAGCAGCUGGUGAUGGCUCAGCUGCUGAACCAGCAGUAUGCUGUGAACAGACUCUUAGCCCAGCAGUCCUUAAACCAACAAUACUUGAACCACCCUCCCCCUGUUAGUAGGUCUAUGAAUAAGCCUUUGGAGCAGCAGGUUUCAACCAACACGGAGGUCUCUUCGGAAAUCUACCAGUGGGUGCGGGAUGAGCUGAAACGAGCGGGAAUCUCCCAGGCAGUGUUUGCACGCGUGGCUUUUAACAGAACUCAGGGAUUGCUUUCUGAAAUCCUCCGAAAGGAAGAGGACCCCAAGACUGCAUCCCAGUCUCUGCUGGUAAACCUUCGGGCUAUGCAGAAUUUCUUACAGUUGCCAGAAGCCGAAAGAGACCGGAUAUACCAGGAUGAGAGGGAAAGGAGUUUGAACGCAGCGUCGGCCAUGGGUCCUGCCCCUCUGCUCAGCACACCACCCAGCCGCCCUCCCCAGGUGAAAACAGCUACCCUUGCCACUGAGAGGAAUGGGAAACCAGAGAACAAUACUAUGAACAUUAAUGCCUCCAUUUAUGACGAGAUUCAGCAGGAAAUGAAGCGUGCUAAAGUGUCCCAGGCACUGUUUGCAAAGGUUGCUGCCACAAAGAGCCAGGGAUGGUUGUGUGAGCUGUUGCGCUGGAAAGAAGACCCUUCUCCAGAAAACAGGACCCUGUGGGAGAACCUGUCGAUGAUCCGGAGGUUCCUCAGUCUUCCCCAGCCUGAGCGCGAUGCCAUCUACGAGCAGGAGAGCAAUGCUGUGCAUCACCAUGGCGACAGGCCGCCCCACAUCAUCCAUGUUCCAGCAGAACAGAUUCAGAGCCCCUCUCCCAGCACCCUUGGGAAAGGAGAGUCUAGAGGCGCUUUCUUACCAGGCCUGCUGACCCCCGCACCAUGGCCCAAUGCUGCUCCUCAGCAACAGCAGCAGCAGCAACAGCAGCAGCAGCAGCAGCCGCCGCCUCCGCCUCCGCAGCCACAGCCGCAACCCCAGGCAGGCCCCAGGCUCCCCCCACGGCAGCCCACCGUGGCCUCAUCCGCAGAGUCUGAUGAGGAAAACCGGCAGAAGACCAGGCCACGAACCAAAAUUUCCGUGGAAGCCCUGGGGAUCCUUCAGAGCUUCAUCCAAGACGUGGGCCUGUACCCGGAUGAAGAGGCCAUCCAGACUCUGUCGGCGCAGCUGGACCUCCCGAAGUACACCAUCAUCAAGUUCUUUCAGAACCAGCGGUACUACCUGAAGCACCAUGGCAAGCUGAAGGACAACUCUGGCCUGGAGGUCGAUGUGGCGGAGUACAAAGACGAGGAGUUGCUGAAGGAUUUGGAAGAGAGUGUCCAGGAUAAAAGCACCAACACCCUUUUCUCAGUGAAACUAGAGGGCGAGCUGUCGGUGGACGGGAGCACAGACAUUAAUGCCGACUUGAAAGACUGAGAGACAAGUGUUAACUUUGAGCGGUACCACUCGCAUUUACUAACAAAACGAGAAGCCCACCUUGUGUUCGCUCAGAAGCCCUUCAUUGUUUAUCGUUUGGCCAAUGAAUCUUCAGAAACUUGCACAAACAGGAAGUUGGAAGGACAGGACAGACUGCACUCAAGGUUUUACUCUGUUUUACAAACUGCUUGGCAGCCCCGGGUGAAGCAUCAAGGAUUGUUUGAUGGUAGAGUUUGUGUUCGAGGGCCGCACCGAGGUGUCGCACCCUGUCAGCAUGAUACCAGAGAUUGGUUUUCCUUUUAAUUAUUAUUAUUCUGGAGCCUCAAAUAAGCAUUAUAACUUCUGUGAUUAUGAUUGCCUUUCCUUUAAUUAUUUCUGUAACACUCCACACUGGUCUUUGGAAACUGGCCCCUUAUUUUAAAGAGAAAAAGGAAAAAAAAAAAAAAGAGUUUGUUACUCGAAUUGUAUGUUAAAAAAGAACUAUAGACUGUGGAAUGCAGUUAAAGAUAACAUAUGCCAACAAAUGCCUUGUAUUAUAUGGCACUGCCGUAAUUAAAAUUUGUUUUUUUAUUUUGGAAAUAAAAGUUCGCUGUACUUUUUUUUUCAUGCUCAUUGUUACUUUUUUUUUUUAAGGAAAAAAUGUGAAACACAAUUUAGUCCUCGUUAUUUAUUUGUAGAUCCUGCAACAUCACGUUGUAAUUAAGUUUUUGGAAAUUUCUGUUAAGUGUAAUGUUGCUUCUCUUGUUAUCAUACUGAUUUUCUUUCUAUUUAUAACUGUAUUUUGAUGGGCAGUAAAACAAAGUGUCUUAAAAGUUUUAAAUAGAGAAAAUGUGCUUUACACAGUUGCCUAUAAAAGUCUAUGUUAUCCAAGCAAUUCACUCUAGAAGCUUCACUCUUGUUGUUGUAUGCAAUUUUUACUAUCAUGCAAAUAAGCUUAGGUAAAUAAAACUAAUAGAUCACCUUAGAAAAUUAUGCAAUUAAUGUGAAAAUAAUUGAUGUUUGCAAUGUGUCUUCCUUUGGUUUACAAUCAAUUUUAAAGCGACAUCUGUAUAAAAUUUCUGUAUAAAGGUGUAUUUCUUUUUUAUGAGUUUAUGACUAUGAAAACACCAGCUAUUUUGUUACAGCUGCUGUUUUUAUAAGUGUAUCACGAUUUUCUUUAUGCAGAAAUGUGCUGGUUAGGAGUGGCUAUUGACUGUAACUACACGAUUAAAAUUGUUUGUAUGGUAUGCCAUGGCAGGGUUUGUCUGCUUAUGUGGAGUAACUUUAGCCAAGCUCAAGGACGGCCGUGUCACGUAGGUACAUUGCUGAUGCUUUCUUCGUGGUAGAUGGCGGGCUCAGAAAAGAGCAACUGCGCUCUCCCCUGAAACACUGCAUGCGAGGCACACACAUGCACAUUUCUAAAUAGGCGUGGAAGUUGACAGUGCAGGUAAUCUGCUUUGCUUACUACCCAGGAUAGUCAAAGACCUCCACAGAGUUACUGCUGUAGUCAUAAGUACUUGGAAAGGCUGUAUCUGCCUUUUCCUCACAAUCCUACAGUUAUGGCAACACUUUUCUUUAAGCUAGAGUGUCUUCUUAAAAGCCAUUAAUAGCAGUAUAACUGAGGGACCCUCUGUGAGAACCCUCCAUAUGCAUUGUGUUUGGGUUUGAUUUGUUUUACAAGUUAUACAUAGGGAAGGUAGUAAGUAACCCUGAGGUCCUUUGGCUGCCAUUGUCAAAACUGAGAACUACCUGGAGAAAAUCAAAGUAAUAGCCCAGCAAUCCAAACGCCAUUUCCAAACUGCUGCAUCGCGCCCCAGUGUCAGGCAUGCUGUGCUCCUAGGAAAACUUUUGGGUUUUUUGUUGUUGUUGUUCUUGUUUGUUUGUUUCUCUUUGUGUCCCUUUUUGGGGUUCCCUAACUGUUAAUGGGGGGAUGUUCAUGGAGCCAGGGCUCUGCACUUCACGUCUUCCUGAGGAGCGUUUCCUCAGGCUUGGUGAGCUCAUGUCUGGAGGCUGCAGGGCCCUCCUGUUGGUCUAAAUCAGGCUCCUUGGAAACACCACUAACGCUUUAUUCUGAGCAACUCGGAAGGCUGCUGCUUUGUAGCAAACUCAUUUCCUACCCUUUUUAUUAAGUGAGAAAACAGUGCAAACUUUGUUUCCUGAGGUUCAGAAAAGUAAUUAUUUGGGCCAAAGGCAUUUGAAUUAAAAUAAGGCAAGCUAAAUUUCAAAUGUUAAAACAAAAAAGCAGAAAACAACUAGCAGUGCCGCUAACUAAAGAUUAUCACCCACGGUCUCCUUUUCCCCAGGUUUGAAAGGGUCAACAGAACAUCAAGUAGAACUGCUGUCAUUGUUGUCUUUAAAACAGCCCAGUGCUCAAGAUCAAUACGUAGUUUUUUGAGGAGGAGAAUCAGGUUGCAAAUAAGAUUUUUCCAUUUCCUAACA